UGGUUCUGGUUACUGACGACGCUCAUUGCAUCCAUGGAAUGCGUACGAGACGUUUUACAUCUGUUUGUAUUGAAUUUAAACAAAAAAAGUUCUCGAUUGUUUCAAUUGUGCUAAUUACAUUGUUAUUUUAAAUAACAACUUAAUUAAUUGUGAUUUUAAUAUUUGGAUUACAGUUUUGUGUGUUUAUUGUAAAAGUGUUUAACCAAAUGGUUGUGCUAGAAGAAGGCGGUAUGUUGACCACUGGACAUAAUCAGUACUUACAACCAGAUUAUCUUUCUCCGCUUCCAACCACGUUGGAUGCGAAGAAAAGUCCGCUAGCUUUGCUCGCUCAAACAUGUAGUCAAAUAGGGGCCGAUUCACCAACAAAGCCGCUUAUUUCUCCACUGGACAAAUCUUCAAAAAGUGGAAUUUCAAGUGGUGCACAUGCACGCUCUCCGCCGGUAGCUAAAUUAGAACGGACACGCAGUAGUCCGUCGGAGCCAAAACCAUUGGCCUUUAAGCCAUAUGAAACAAAUGUACUUUCUAAUAAAAAAUCAAGUGAUGAUGGUAGACCCACAUCAAAAGCUAGUGUACACAGUGCAAGUGGUAAUGAAAGUUUAAGUGCUAGUGAUAACAAUAAUGUUGAUAAAAAAUCUGGUGGUAAUCGUACACCCCUUGGACGUAAAUCCGCUUCACCAAGUGUAACAAACACCAGUGGUUCCAGCAGUAACAAUGCAUCAUCUUCACCAAUUGAUCGUAAAACACCAGCGCAAGAUUGUGAAAAAUCUGUUUCUCCACGAAAUAGCAACGGCGCUAGUCCGAUUAUAAGAUCAGGUAUGGAAGUAUUGUCUGGUACUACUGGACAUACUAAAGAAAGUUUAAGUGCCGCCUACAAACACUCAACAUUAAGUAGUGGUUUUACUAGUGGUAAUCCAUUGUGCUGCCCGCCAGGAUUAACCGAAAAUCCAGCAUUUAGGCCACCGUUUGCUGGUGCUUCACCUUUUUCGCAUCAUCAUGCAGCAGCCGCUGCAGCAUUACUUGGUUAUCCGUCGGCAGCUACUCCUACUGGUAAUCCUUAUUUAAGUUACACUCGAGUAAAAACACCAGCUGGUGGUGAGACACUUGUACCAGUUUGUAAAGACCCUUAUUGUACGGGGUGUCAGUACAGUAUGCACAAUGCCCAAAUGAUGAUGACUGGUGGUCCUUGUCCGAGUGGAUGUACCCAGUGUGAGCAUCAAAAAUACGGCUUAGCAAUGGCACUUUCAUCAUUAGGACCCAUGCCACCACCAUCACUGUCUUACCCUGGAUCGCUAACCAGCGGUAGACCUUACGUCUGUAAUUGGAUCGCCGGGGAAACUUACUGUGGAAAGCGAUUCAACACUUCCGACGAAUUGCUCCAACAUUUGAGGAGUCAUACAAGUUUUAGCGGUGGAAAUGACCAUGCUGUUGCAGCAUCCGCGGCGCUUCUUGCCGCCGGACAACAUUCCCAUCCGCCACAUCCACUUCUUUCGCCGUCGGCUGCGUUACACCGUGCUGCUGCGGGUGGCAGUUAUCCAGCACCACCUUUAAGUCCUCUUAGUGCUCGCUAUCAUCCCUAUGGAAAACCACCCACUGGACCACUACCUGGAUCUCUUGGUGCAUCUCCCUACAGCGCAUUCAAUACUCUCGGUCCUUACUACUCGCCUUACGCUAUUUACGGUCAACGUAUCGGUGCUGCAGUUCAUCCGUAAGAUUAAUUUUUGGAAGUUUCGAAAAAAUAUUGAGCUUUCAAGAUUUAUCAAUAAAAAUAAUAAUAUUAAAUUAAGUGUUUUCUGUAAAUAACACGUGGUAAAUUAAAAUUGUAUAAAUUUUAUUUAAAUAUCUCUAAAACUCUAAAUAUAUUGAUAAAAAUUGAUAUAUAAAUAAGUAUAAAUAUUAACAUUUAAAAAUAAUUAUAUAUUUAUGGAUACAUAAAUAAAAAAUAAAUUUAACUAAAAAUCAUAAAAUGAAAUAAAAAAAAUGCAUUAUGUAUCUUAAUGAAUAAAAAACACAUGGUACUUUUUGUCUGGACUAAUAAGUGAUGGUUGUUUCUCGAUAAUAAUUGCAAGUAUAGUUCUACUAUACUUAUCACACAAGCUACAACUGAUUUAUGAGCGGGCAUUAUAAAACAUUGCGUUUACACGAUUGUUGGUCCACUCGAUUAUAAAUUAUCAAGCGAUAUCACAAGUAUGUCUGUAUACAAUGUGAAUGUAUAUAUAUAAAUGUAUGAAUUGCGUACGCGAGUGUGUAUUUCGUUUGUGCAUAUGUGUUGCGUCGGUAUAAAUAAAAUGCAAACUCAUUGGCGUGGAUAUAAUAAAUUCAUAAAUCUCCAUUUUCAUUUUAAUAAAAUGUCAUUUAUUUAUUACACAUCUUAUUUGCAUAAACAGAUAUUAACAAAUAUGCAUACAUAUUUACAGUUAUGUUGUUUGUAAGUUAAAAUAUUAUUUGCGAUAUUAAAAAAUUAUUAAGUUGUAAAAAAAUCGAUGUCAAUGUACUUUUUUCCCCAUUUUGAUAAUGGUGAUUCGUGUUUUUUUAUGUCCAUUGUAUAAACUGUGAUAUUAAGAUUUUUCAUUUGUUGAUAUAUUAAAGACAAUGUUUUUACCUUGCAUAAAUCAGUAAUAUUUUUAAAAUAAAAAUAUUGUAUGCAAAAUAAAUUAUUUUAAAUUAUCGGAUCAAUGUAUUAUCGACGCUUACUUGGCCUACGAUGCACAUGUCGCUCGCUGUGUAAAUAGGAAUUGUAAAUAUAUCGUUGAGUUUCCAUACUGCUUUAAUAAACAUGUUUGUAGAAUCAAA